CACUUCGUCGUUCCCUUCGAUGACCAACUCGAAAGACGAAGAACUGAGAACACUCCAACAUCCAGUUCAAGCCGACGUCGAAUCUGUACGCUCUCAACAAGACUUCGACGGGGAUCACCGCAGCGAAGAAUCCAUAGCUUCUAUUGAUUGUGUGCCGGGUGGCCAAUCCCAACCGCUCCCACCGUCCAAAACAUACCAUCCUUUCUCACCCCAUGUACUCGCCCUUCUCAUUCCUUUUUCAAUAUUUGGAACGCUUGCGCGACUAGGUCUUCAAGCUCUUGCCACAUACGAUGAUCAGAGUGUAUUUCCAUUGGCCUAUGUACAGUCCACCGGAUGUUUCGUUAUGGGUUUUUUCCUUCGCUUGAAGGGACCAAUGGGCGAUUUCUACGCUCCGCUAUAUACUGCUAUCACAACGGGUUUCUGCGGCUCUUUGACGACCUUCUCGGGAUGGCAGUUGGAUGUAUUCAACUCGUGGAUCAAUGCUGGUGGCGGUGAUCGAGGCGGAUUCCAAGAUUUUAUAGACGGCCUCACGAAGACUGUAUUUACCCUAUCGCUUUCAUUAGGGUCGAUGUCUUUCGGAUCCUAUCUCUCUAAAUUCAUUGAACCAACUAUUCCAAGACCUAAACUAUCUCAACCACCCCGAACUGCCCGAAUAUCACUCACUAUCCUCUCAAUCCUCGCCUACAUCGCCACACUCCCAAUCUAUUUUCGAUUACCCCCUUCCUUUCGAGGCCAAGCCACCGCCGCACUCUUGUUCGCCUUUCCCGGGACACUUACCCGUUACUUCCUUUCCAUCUAUUUCAAUCCAUUCCUCGCUUCCCUCCCCUUGGGUACCUUCAUGGCUAACAUGAUUGGAACUGGACUACUUGCAGUGUUUCACGUCCUACAGAAUAUGGGUGUCAACGCGAGUCCUGUUUCGCCCGGUGCAUGCUCCAUCCUACAAGGACUUGGGGACGGCUAUUGUGGUUGCUUGACGACGAUUAGUACGUUUGCGGCAGAGAUUCGGGCUUUGAGGACACCGUUUGAGAAGGUAAGGUAUGUCCUGAUAAGUUGGGUAGUAGGGCAGCUCUUAAUGCUGUUGGUGUUUGGACCGGCAUUACUGUCUGGGAGAAUCCAAAGGGAUAGACUAUGUGCUUUCGAAUAGGGUAGCUACUCUAGAUUCUUUCUACCUUGAUAAAUUUAUUUAUCACAGUAUGUAUUAUAUUCGCAUAAGGAACCACGACCAUGACCACGCCGUCAGACGUUGGAAACCUCACGCAAGAAGGCCUUAGCCUCUUCCCAAGAUGUCAUCCGUUCUCUUUCCUUUCCAUCUUUGGCUCGUUUGACUUCUGCCUCAUCAAUCUUCUUCCAAUUCUCAUAUGUUGUGACGGUUCCCUCACACAGACCUUGCUCAACCUCAGAUGGAAGGGAAUCGAGGUCUACAUCAAAUGCCUCGAGAGGAUUGAGCAACAGUUCCUCCUCUAAUCUCCCACUCUCGACCUCCUCAUCCGCCAAGACAACAUCCUUCAAGAUGCCCGCGUCCGCAACACUAUAGGCGUCCAUCAUUGUCGUUGCCAAAAUACCCUUCGCUCCCGUAGCCGCCCAACCAGAGGCAUACAUGUGCUUGAGAAUAUGGCCAGAUGGAUUUGGUGAAAUGAGACGAUUGACCGGAGGAAGGGUGCGUAGGUGACCGAGUGUGGGGGAGUACAAGUCGGGGGAGGUCGAGUGCGAAUCGAGGUGCGGAGACGAAGAUGAAGGAGGUAAGGUGAAAGAUUCCCCGUGGAAUCCCAAAGAGGUGAUAACCAGGUCGGUAGGGAGUUGCGUUGUGAGGCCUGUCGGUACUGCUUUUCCUGUAGUUUUGUCCACUUCUGUGUGUCCCAACGUUAGGAUGUGUAUAUGCCCGCCUUCGCCAGGAAUGAUUCCCAAAGGGUUUCUAUAGAACUCCAGGCUCCAUGUCUUUUUCGGAGAGACCGGAAACGUGUUCUUCGAACCCUUUUUGAGGAGAUCGAGUGUCCGGGUUUGUUGGCGUGUCAACUUUCUCCCUUCAUCGGUGGCCAACAAAGGUGAAUCCAGAGGUACCAUUCUAGCCUCCGAUAAUUCCAUCAUCUCUCUCAACUCUUUCGUUGUGAAAGCCGCCUCCAAAGGCCCUCUUCUCCCGAUAAUUGACACAUGCUCGACCGUAGACUUUCUAAGAACAUCCAACACGCUCUCCGGAACGUCAUACGGAGCCAGCUCGUUCGGAUUCAUGAGGAGAAUUCUAGCUACAUCCAGCGAUACAUUUCCCAGUCCAAUAAGAGAGAUGUGCUUGACCUUGUCCAGAGGCGGCGGUGAAGGAGUGGAAGGAUGAGCAGUAUACCAGUGAACUAUGUCAAGAGCGGGUACAACUACACCUUUCCGGGGCGGUAAAGAUGGAUGUAGUCUCGGUUUCGUGCAUCCCGUUGCGAGGAGAAGAUGAGUGUAGUUAUUCAAUAGUGACUGUACGGGGAUUUGAAGGUUGUGCUUGAAACCGCCUGUGUUUCCGACGUUCACAUUGCCAAAGAAACGGAGACGAGGGUCGGAUGCAGCUGUGUCAAAUUUAUGGAUGCAGUUCUUGACUUCAGGGUGGUCGGGGGCAACACCGUACCGCACGAGCCCAUGUGGGCACCAGAGACGGUCGUAAAUGUCGAUCCGCAGGGGUCUGCUUGUCCUAGAUAGAAUUCGAGAGGCGACAUAAAAACCAGAAGGUCCUCCGCCAAUUAUCCCCAACUUCAUGGGUUGUGCCUUUACUGAGUUUCAGUUUGAGCUUUACCAGUCAAUGUCAUUCAUGUCGGAGGUUUGUGGUACUGACUCAG